AGUAGCUCAUCACAUUAUUGAGUAAUGCCGGUGUUCAUCAAGCUGAAGUACGGCUCGGAGGUCUUUCGUUGGCGUCUAUUCUACGUCCCAGCCUUGGCCGAUGUGAAGCGAUGCCUCUAUGAGAAGUGGCCUCAGCUGCGUGCGGAAGUGGUCAACAUUUACUACGUAGAUGACGAUGGUGAUAAAUGCCAUCUCACUGAAGGCUCCUUCUUCGAUGCAUGGGAGAUCGCUAAGCAUCGUGUUGAAGGAACCGAUCGCACUCCAACGCUCAAGUUCUCUGUGGAACUACAGACCGCAGUCGAGGCCCCUCUGGUGUUGCCCUCUGAGCCUCAACAGGCAGCAGUGCCGUGCUUACUGGUGCCGUUGUCGCUGUUGAAGGAGCUAAAGAUAGAUGCCUUUCGUGAUGGGUGGAUGUGUUCGGACCAAGGAGGUGAUCACGCCAUGGGAGCCUCUGUGGAAUCUGAAGGUUCCUUGAAUGAUAACGAGAGUGUGAGCAGUGGCUGGCAGGAAGUAUCCCGUCAAAAUGAAGCCGCUCAGUAGUCGGCUCUUUAGACCGUUGAGCUGAAGUCUAUGGAUUAUGAAAUUCUGCCAUUGUUCGAUCGGUAGUGUUUGGUCACUUUGUUAGCUUAUUUAAACAUUACAUGAAUAAAGAAAACUGUGGGCUUCGAACCCACGACCUUUGGUAUGUCGAAAUGUCCCUGUAACUGUUACACCAUUCUGUCGGUAUUGGUCGGUUAGUUGAUUCCGUCGAGCAUACGAGCUGGGUUUGCUACCUCUUGCUCAAGCUCCGGUUAGCCAACCUUUCCGACGUCUCC